UAGUACGCUUCACGUGGUUUUGUUUACGCGGGUUUCGUUGCGACAACGGUUGUGAAAGGCCAAAUAGCAUUGUUUGCGGUAUGAACACGAGCAUAUGCGGACAGAUUUCACAGCUGACUUGUGACGUUAUUCGGAAAGACGUGUGUGUGCCUAUUGGUCAUAUCGUGAUUGCUGAAAGAUGGGCUGGCAGCGAGUUGCAUACCGCCUUAAAGAGCUUGCUUCAAACAGUAGUUUCGGACCACUUGGGAUUGGUUGAUUUCUACCCAUCAAGUAACAGUGCUGUCCUGUACAUCACAGAGGCUGAUCUUCUCAAUGAGCAUGCUAUUAAAAGGAAGAUUGUAAAGUUGCGAAAGAACAACACUAAGAAGCCCUAUGUCAUUGCCGAACAGGCCGAAGCCCUUCAAGAACAGUACAACAACUUGCAGCAUUUUGCAGUAAUGGAACUAGGAAUUCCUGUUAUGGCUGUGCAUAACCAACUUGAAGCAGCACAGCUUCUUGCUCAAAUGGAGGCUGUGGAGAGUGGUGAAAAGCAAAACCCUUUUUUAGUGCCACGGCGACUAGCUCCCAUGACUUCAGCACUUGCCACCUGCCUGCUACGAGUGCCUGGCUUAGGUGAAGUCAAAGCCAAGGCCUUGCUCCAGAAGUAUCGCAGCCUUCGAGCAAUAGCUUCGUGCAGUACAGAAGACCUUACAAAAGCUGUAGGACCAGCAUCUGCAGCAAGUAUUCACAAGUUCUUCAGUGGCCUGAAGUGAUGCAAGGGGCUAUGAAUAGAGCUGGCAUACUGUAGUGUUUCACAUAAGGGCCAAUCAAAUGUUGAUGUGUGGUUGGCAUUUGAAAGUUAGGUGGCACACAGCAUUGCUUGUAUUCCUGUGGCUUUGUGUGAAUUCUAUUAAAUGUUUGGGCCUGUGUGACAUGCGAUACAUGGCACACAGCAUUGCUUGUAUAACUGUGGCUUUGUGUGAAUUCUAUGAAAAUGUUUGGGCAUGUGUGUGGCACUUGAUAAAUGGCACACAGCAUUGCUUGCAUUAUUGUGGCUUUGUGUGAAUUCUAUGAAAAUGUUUGGGCAUGUGUGUGAAAAUGUAAUGUUCAAGGCUCAAUUUUGUGUUUCAUAUCAGGUCUUCAUUUUGCCUACGCUGUUGUAAACCACUGCACAGCAGUUCAUAAGAAGUUAAAAAAUUGUGCAGUACUAGUUCAGCAGUAUAGACACAGCAUGACCGUGAAACCACUGAGUAACAAAUGCUGAAGUGCAUGUGUGGCACAAACAUCCUGCUUGGUGGCUGCAUGUACACUGUCCGCUGGGUACUGUACCACUAAUGGUGACGGGGUCCGAAAUGCAGAUACAGGUGGCAUCUGAAGUGUGUCAUCUUUAAAAACUGCAGACAGCAUUGUCUCAUUUGUGCCGGAAACUCAUGUACAGAAAUGCACAAGUCCGGAACAGGUCAUUGAUACUAAUGACCGAAAAAGAAGUACUGCAUAUGUGGUAAGUCUUUUUGACCUGAACCUUUCAUAUCUUUAUUGGUGAGCAGGCAGUUAAGAAAGAUGGGCAUGAGCGGGGUUUCUAUGAUGCUUACAUCCAUCUGCUGCACUGCUGCCUAGCACCUGCACCAAGUCAACACUGCCCCAGUAGGGAGAGUUUAGAAAAACCAUGAACCAGUCCUGCACCUUUCAAAACGAACAGCAGAGGGAACUAGGCUGCACCACUGAACUGAACGGCUCGUUACAGCACUGUGUAAUCUGAUUCAGGGGAGCCAAACACUCAUCUAGUAUAGACAUGAGGAUAAAGGGGCAGGUGGUGUUUCUGAAUGCAAUAACUACUGUAUGUGCAUACAAAGCACAGCAGUGGCAAUGCACAUGGGCUGGUUUUCAGACAAGCUUAAAGGGUACUUAUUCUAUGUGAAGAGAUGCCUGAGCUGCAGCAAAAAUUGUGACUGAAGGGAUGGGCUGCACAGUUCUUCUAAAAUCCCCCAUGACGAACAGAGUACUUUAUGUGACCAUGUUAUGCUGUUAUACUCAGUUGGGCACUACCCCUGCUUUGAACCGUAAGCAGACAGUGAGUGCCAAGCUUCCACAGACAGCACUGGUAGAGUGGUGUGAAAAUUGACCAAACUACAUUCUGUUUUGUGCAUGAAGUCAAACAAAAGUAACCCGAUUAUCAGUGGUUGGCUAUGAUUUGUAAGUUCUGAAGAGGACGUGUUAUGUAAUGGGAGCUGGAACUGUACUUCUGCACCAGCAGCUCUAAUCCUGUCCUAUGUGUACACGAUAUUCGUGCUUAAGAAAGCUCAGUUCUCAGUAAGGCGAAAUUUUAGAGCUCUAACAUUAGAUGCACCUGAAUGGCAGGGAACAUCUCAGUGAAGCAAUAAAUGCUUGUUUGAAGUACCUGCGAUGCUGUGCCAGUUGAUCUGUGUUGAAAGAAUGUGUAAUAACUCUGAAACUGUUAUUCCAUACCUGACAUUAUUAACUGCGGAUAACCUUUGUAGAAAUAAACAUUUUUUGUGAACUGUCUUUCUACAAAUA